AUGGAGUGGAAGAAUGAUAUCCUCAGCUUCAGUGGAUUUGAUUACGGAGUUUCGAAACGUAAAGAAUCGACAGCGGGUUGCGAGUCGGUUCUUUUAUUUCAAAUUAUUUCAAUACUUUAGAUGCUCUGAACGAGAAUAAGAGAACAGAUGACAAUAAGGAGUCUGAUUCGCAUGAAGAAGUGGAGCCAAAUCAGUUGUGUGAAACUGUUCUGGAUGAAGAUGAAAUAAUGAAAGACUUCGAGUUUAACCCGAUGAGCGAGAGGAAAAUUGAAAACUUAUACUUCCGAAACAUUGAACAAGCUGAGAAAAAGAGUGAGAAUCACUAGGUUUGCACUUCGUUGAUUGAAACAUUUCAGUGAAAAAGAUGGUGAUGCUGAAGAAGAAAUGGUCGGAACCAUGGAAGACGGGCGUGGAAAUUACCGCAAAAGCGUUCUUAAACCGAUUUGCCACGAGAAUCCGUGGAAAGAUGGGAGCAUACAGGAAAAGGAACAGAUUGAAAAGGCGAAAAAGAAACAUGGAAUGUGCAUUAUUAGCUGAACGUUCUAAAAAUAAACUGAUCAUUUCUAUAGAAAUUAUAAUUUAUUUGUGUUGAGUUGCAGUUGUUUGAGAAAAAACUAAAGAAAAGGCGUUUGAAUUGUAUAAAGUAAAGUAUAAUCUUGCCAAGCGGGGUAAGACCUUAGCCGCGAAAGCAAUCUGUGCGCCUUUAAAAACAGUUUUUGUUCAAAUUUUACGAGCGCGAAAAUUGCUUUCACUUUCAGCUUCAGAAACGUCUUUAAGACUGAGUUCUCUCGAGUUACUUCACGAUUGCGAGUGCUAUUUCCCGUUGGUUCCUCAUUCCUUCUUCCAAUCUGCCGGAAUAUUUCCACUGUUGUUUUUCAGAGUCUUCUUAAAUGAGGGUCACAAUUCUUGGAAAUAAUCUUGCCGCAAGACAUUUUGUUAAAUAUCUGACCGAUGGUCACCAAACUGUCCAAAUUUCUUUGUGGACCUAUGAUAAUGUUGAUUGCCGGGAGUUUGAAAAUGUUCCCAGCUGUCUUCGCUACAGUGGAAUGAAAAAUCUUCCGAAUGCGCUUCUCGCCGCCGACGUGGUCUGGAAUUACUUUCUGAAAUUGAGAUAAACUUGAUUGUUUUCAGGUGGUCAAUCUUCAUGAGUGCACCGACUUCUCAUUGCUCCCUGACGUCGUGCUCCUCCAAAAACAUAAUGUAGAAGGUGUGUUGUUAAAGCCACUGUUUUCUAGAAUUCUUGAUUCCAGUUGUUCGCUCCGUGCUCUUCCACAGCAAUUCUCCGCUUAUUCAUCUGUCGACUCCAUUCCUUCAGUGCUCGAAUCGUUGGCCGAAUGUCUACGAACCGGAACGAGAUCCAAUGGUUUUCAGUUCCCAAUGGCCGUUUCCCGAGUACUGUGCCAGCAAGUUUGAAGCUGAAAAGCUUGUGAAGGCAAGCUCAAAUGACUGUUACGUAGUGUUAGUUAUUUGAAAUUCUACCUAUUUCAAUCGGAGGGGGUUUUCAGGAGAUGUGUGCCUACGUACGGGGAGGGCGAUAACUGCUCGAUUCUCACCGAUUUGAUAUACUUUUCGAAUGAUAAGAUGAUUACGUCUUUGGGAGAUAACGAUGGUCACAUGCAGGUUCAUCCAGACUGACUGUCUCAAUUCCUAGUCUCCUCUUCAGAUGGCUUACGCCGGAAACGUCUCCGUCGCCAUUUGGUCAGCCGUCUGUCGGCUUCUCUCUCAGUCGACGAGUCUCGAUCUGAACGAAUCCUUCGAUGACGAGCUGAGCGAUUUGCUCGCCUCUGCUGAAAACUCAUUUCGGAUUCAGCAAGAGUUGGAGCAAACUGCGCCGAAAAGAAAGAGCGCACUUUACGUAAUCAAAGAGGAGGACGAGAAUCAGGAGGGCUAUCGUGCUCGCCACAACACUGUUCGCACAAGUUGCGACGAGGAGAACGAACCUAAAAAGGAUGUAGAAGAGGAAAUUCCGGUCGAGGAAGGAGAAGAGGUGUUCGAGCAAGACGCAACUUUCGAGAGAGGUCCAGUAGUUGAGGCGAAGAAGGGCUCGAUGAACUUGUCGUUGAUCGAAGAUGCCGUCCUUGCGCACGAGAAACAACGCAUUUUUGAGGUGAAAACGGACUGAUGAGCCUAGUAAUUACGUUUUUCAGAUUUUCUUGAUCAACGAUGAGACUCCGAAGAAUACAGUCUACAAUACUUAUUCUCAGCUCCUCUAUGUUUGUCUCCUCGUUUGUAUUGAUUCCAAGUUUUCAUAAUUUCAGAAUAACAAGCGUCUCCGUUCGGCGAAUCAGCUUUCGUUCAUUCCGCUGUACUACAUCUACCUUCUCUUCUCGAUGCUCGUCCAAUUCGCUAUAAAAUUGUUCGGACCGCUCCAGUUUGCCGCCAUGGUUCGAGAUCUUCACUCGUCUCCCCCAAAACGUUUGAUUUUCUUUUAGCUGCCCAAUCCUUCGUUCCUCUACUUCUACUUCCAUCACUGGACGUUCUUCAACUCGACCAAAAGCCUUCUGAUGCUCGGCUACAAACCCGGCUUUGACUUCAACGAAUGCGUGACCAAUAGCAUGAUGCACUACCGUCUGAUGCGCAAAAAGGACGUGCGGGUGUUCUCGUGGCAGAACUCGAUGUUCGACACUUCGACCGAUCAGAUGACAAUCACUCACUGA